AAUUUGCAUAUUUCUCUGAAGAACCUUCAAGAAGUUAGGCAGCCUGCUUUGAGACUUAGAGAGACAGAAGGCCCACAGUUAUUUCUUAAAAUCUGAGGCUGGGAAUGGCCACGUGGGAAAGGCCAAGCCCGAGGCCGCCUCAGGCAACCGAGCCAGCUAAGGAGGGGGACAUAAAUCUGCCCACUGGCCGGGAGCUGACUGAGGCCAACCGCUUCGCCUAUGCUGCGCUCUGUGGCAUCUCCCUGUCCCAGCUGUUUCCAGAACCCGAGCACAGCUCCUUCUGCACGGCGUUUAUGGAGGGCCUGGUCAAGUGGCUGGAGCUAUCUGAAUCUGUCUUGCCAACUAUGACUGCUUUUGCCAGUGGCGUGGGAGGUGAAGGAACAGACGUGUUUGUUCAGAUUCUGUUGAAGGACCCCAUCUUGAAGAAGGAUCCAUUGGUGCUCACUCAGGACCUUCUGAGCUUCUCACUCAAAGAUGGGCACUAUGAUGCCCGGGCCAGGGUGCUUGUUUGCCACAUGACCUCCCUGCUCCAGGUGCCCUUGGAGGAGCUGGAUAUCCUUGAAGAGACCUUCCUCGAGAGCCUGAAGGAAACCAAAGAAGAGGAAUCUGAAAUGGCCGAGGCGUCCCGGAAGAAGAAAGAAAACCGGAGGAAAUGGAAGCGCUAUCUCCUGAUAGGCCUAGCAACUGUCGGAGGUGGAACGGUGAUUGGUGUGACUGGGGGGCUGGCUGCCCCUCUUGUUGCUGCAGGGGCCGCAACCAUCAUUGGCAGCGCCGGAGCAGCAGCUCUUGGCUCAGUGGCGGGCAUAGCUGUCAUGACCUCCCUGUUCGGUGCCGCAGGAGCUGGCCUGACAGGCUACAAGAUGAAGAAGCGUGUGGGAGCCAUUGAAGAGUUCACGUUCCUGCCUCUGACGGAGGGCAAGCAGCUGCACAUCACCAUCGCCAUCACGGGGUGGCUCGCAUCUGGAAAAUACCGUACCUUCAGUGCCCCAUGGGCUGCCCUCGCCCGCAGCCGUGAGCAAUACUGCCUGGCCUGGGAGGCCAAGUACCUCAUGGAGCUCGGCAAUGCCCUGGAGACCAUCCUCAGUGGUCUGGCCAACAUGGUGGCCCAGGAGGCCUUGAAGUACACAGUGCUGUCUGGCAUUGUGGCUGCCCUGACCUGGCCAGCUUCACUCCUCAGUGUCGCCAAUGUCAUCGACAACCCCUGGGGUGUGUGCCUCCACCGAUCAGCAGAGGUUGGCAAGCAUCUGGCGCACAUCCUGCUCUGCCGGCAGCAGGGCCGGCGGCCUGUCACCUUGAUUGGCUUCAGCCUGGGAGCCAGAGUCAUCUACUUCUGCCUGCAGGAAAUGGCUCAGGAGAAAGAUUGCCAAGGGAUCAUCGAGGACGUCGUCCUCCUCGGUGCUCCAGUGGAAGGCGAAGGCAAGCACUGGGAGCCUUUCCGGAAGGUGGUGUCCGGGAGGAUCAUCAAUGGCUACAGCAGGGGAGACUGGCUGCUGAGCUUCGUGUACCGCACCUCAUCAGUGCAGCUGCGCGUGGCCGGCCUGCAGCCUGUGCAGCUGGAUGACCGGAGGGUGGAGAAUGUGGACCUGUCCUCGGUGGUCAGCGGCCACUUGGACUACGCCAAGCAGAUGGACGUCAUCCUGAAGACUGUGGGCAUUCGCACCAAGCCAGGCUGGGAUGAGAAAGGCCUCUUGCUGGCCCCAGGUAGCCUCCUCCAGGAAGAACCUCGCCAGGGAACAGGUGCCCCAUCGUCUGGUGAGGCCAGCCACCAGGAUGAGCAAGCCCAGGGGUUCACAACCAAAGAGAUCCCUAAAGCUGCCACGUUACCCAACCCCAGCCAAGCCCAAGUGCCAACAGAACCGGACCAAUCUGAAAGGGCCUCCUCUGCUGCUGCCGCUAACCCCACUGAGAGCCCCCAUGUCUGCAGCCAUGGCAUGGGCUCCAACCCCCUGGGCUGUCCUGACUGUGCCAGCCAGACCGAGGGGCCCUGCCCAGGGCUAGACUGA